UUCCCCGCUGCUCGCCCCGCCGCCGCCAGCAUGGGUCCGUCGCGCCCGCAGCGCCGAGCUUGUUCAGGAAGGAAAAACUUCAUGGUAUUCCGAAAUACGAAACUGAUUCCCAUGGAAACAUCCUCAUCCUCCGAUGACAGUUGUGACAGUUUUGGUUCUGAUAAUUUUGCAAACACGAAACGCAAGUUUAGGUCUGAUAUUAGAGAAGAACUGGCGAAAAUUUUUCAUGAAGCCUCUGAUGAUGAAUCCUUCCCUGGUUUUUCAGAAAACGAGAUUCAAGAUGCAUUGAAAUUGGAAUCAGAUUCAGAGGAGAAUGAUACAAGUGCUGAAAGUGAAGUAGCUCAGAGAAGGCAGAAAUGCCCUAUUCCUCUAAAAGUAGCCAUGAAGUUUCCACCUCGAAGAUCGGAGAGGAGGAAGGGUGUGAUGGAACCUCUUCCUGAAAAGCUGAUGCCUGCUCCAGAUUCAGACUCUGACUCUGAAGAAAAGGGUGCCAUGUUUUUAGAAAGAAGAGCUUUAAACAUAAAGGAAAACAAAGCAAUGCUUGCCAAACUAAUGGCCGAGUUGCAGAAUGUUUCUGGUAUCUUUGGUGGGAGAAAAUCAUUGCCAACUGUCAGUCAUGGACCAAAGCGACUUCCAAGGCGUUCAUUGCCCAGAAGUGCUUUGAGGAGGAACCCAGACCGAAGUUCUCGACCUCACACAAGAUCCAGGUCCCUGAUUGAAGGUCCUCCUACUCCUUUACCAGAAGAGGAAGAUGAUGACCGGUACAUCUUGGUGAGAAGAAGAAAAAUGUCUGAUGAAGACCUGGAGCAUGAAGCCCGAACUCCCAGGAGAGGUCACCGUGGUGCCAUGGCUUUUCCACACAUUGUGCGCCCAGUUGAAGAGAUAACAGAGGAAGAGCUGAAUAAUAUUUGUGGCUCUGCAAGAGAGAAAGUAUAUAACAGGGCCAUGGGAUCCACCUGUCAUCAGUGUCGCCAAAAAACCAUAGACACCAAGACAAAUUGUCGUAACCCUGAUUGUGUAGGUGUACGGGGCCAAUUCUGCGGGCCAUGCCUCCGCAAUAGGUAUGGUGAAGAUGUCAGAACAGCAUUGCUGGAUCCGACCUGGAGGUGCCCACCAUGUCGUGGAAUCUGCAACUGUAGCUUCUGCAGACAGCGAGAUGGCCGAUGUGCUACAGGUGUCCUGGUCUAUCUGGCCAAGUACCAUGGCUAUGACAAUGUCCAUGCCUACUUGAAAAGUCUGAAACAAGAACUUGGAAUGGAAGACUGAAGCUGUGACUGCCUUUAAAUUAUGUACUUUUUCACCAAUGUCAUGCUAUUGCCUACAGUGAAUUGUUUAAUCAGAUGAGAUUACAAAGCCAGUGCCUGCCUUCCCUCCCCUUUUGGGUAAAAAAGGCUAAAGAACUUUCACCUA